AUGAGGAUUAGAGACAUCUUAGAGGGCUACUAUGCUGCAUCAGGUCAGCGACUCAACCUUGCCAAGUUUGCAGUCCACUUCAGCCCGAAGACCAAGCUAGCGCUCAGAGAUUGCAUCAGGAAGAUCUUGAGGGUUGGAAAGCAAGCCGGUUACUGUAGGUACAUGGGGGUGCCCAUCAUGGAGAGACUUCUAUGGAGGGCUGAUUAUGGCAAGCUUGAGCAGAGCAUCAGCAAGAGGCUCGAGGGGUGGCAGGUUGCCCUGUUCCUGUGGAAGGUAGCAUGGGAAAGUCUGCUGACCAGGGAUAUGCUCUACAAAAGAGGAGUGAGUUUCUCCCCUGAUUGUGAUAGCUGCUUGGAGGAGGAGGAAUCAGUGGAGCAUGCUCUAUUUGGAUGCCCGAGGGCAGCUCUGGUAUGGCGGCUGACAAGUGUGAUCUAUAAAUUUUUGCAAUCUCCAACCCUUGCCACGACUUUCCUUAAGUUUCUGAAGGAGUCUAUGAGGAGAUCUGCCGAUUCGACCAGCAGCAUCAGAUGCACUUAUAUUGCUUAUCGUAUCUGGUUGAACAAAAAUGCUAGAGCCUUCGAGAGCAGAGGGCAGAGCCUGAGGAUUGUAGUGGACAUGAUGCUUAUUUAUGCAGUAGAGUAUACCCAUGCUGCGACCGUCGAUAGAACUGGGAUAGCAAGGGACACCUGGGGCUCCCAUUCAGCUCUGAUGGUGCCUCAGACAAUAUUUAUCGCCUGGGAGCUCCAACUCCUAAUCUUUCUGAAAGUUAAUUUUGAUAGUAGUAUGAUGGAUGAGAAAAGAAGAGGUGGAGCUAGGUUUGUCAUCAGAAGCCCUAACUCUAGCUUGAUUGUGAUAGGGGGUUAUCGACUCUUUGAUACUUCUGUCUCGAGGCGGAGAUGA